AUGCACACCGUACAUUUCGUCAAUAUUUUUCGAUUCGUUCUGUUCUUACAUCGAAAAGAAGCGAUCAUUUUAACAGGUUAUACUCUCAACUAUUUCGCUUCACUCGAUUGCUUGCUGUUAAUUUUGAUGAUGAAUUCAUUUAUAACUACUGUCAGUGGACUUCUAAUAACUUAUUUAACAGUACUGACAACUAUAAUUUAUGGCGAAAGUAUCCAUGGUGUACCACUGACAAAAGAUGAAGCUACUGCUUUAACACGUGAUAAAUUUGGCCGUGUCGAACCUGAUUCUUUGAUGAACGGAUUUUUUCCUGUUUGGGCAGUUAUUCAAUUGAUACUUGGAGGUAUAUUCAUCGUUGUUUUUCUUCUCGGCGUUCUCUGCUAUUGUUUGGGAUUUCGAGAAAAGAAGCCCGAACCAGUAACGGAUGGAGAAGACCAAACAAAAGAGAACUUGUAUACAAAAAAAUAA